AUGACUGGAUAUGCAGAAUCGACCAUCAGUUGCAUAACUAAAGAAGUAUGCCAGGAAAUCGUUGAAGUUUUGUGGCAAGAUAAUGUCACAGCCAUGUUUCUGAAAAACAAAGGGGAAUUUCGGCAAGCAUUAAUUGACAUGGAAGCGAAAUGGCAGUUUCAAUUUGCGUUUUCUGCGAUAGAUAGGUCACAUUUACCCAUAAAAUGCCCUCCGGGUGGUCUAGAAGCCAUGAAACAGUAUCAUAAUUUCAAGAACUUUUACUCAGUUAUCUUAAUGGCAUUGGUUGAUGCCAAAUAUCGUUUAAUAUGGGCUGCAUUAGGCGCACCAGGAAACACUCAUGACUCCACUUAA